AUGUUGACAUCGGUAACGUCGGCGAACAGCAAGGUCAUGACUCUGGAUGAGAACGGGACAGCUGUAUCCCAGGACAAGAGAUGGGCGCGUCGGGGCGACGAUGACGAAGAGAAGGACUCCGAUGACGAGGACGAAGAGUCUGAAGAGGAGGAGGAGGAAAGUAGCGAAGAGGAGGAAGAAGGGGCAGAAGGUACCAGCAACCAGCCAGAACUAACUCGUGCAGAACGGAAAGCGCUCAAGAAGAAGGAAGCCGAGCAGAAACAGCAACAGGCCGCUCUCAACGAGGAGGAUGCUGAUUUGAUCAACCCGAACCACGUCACCAAGAAGAUGAAUAUAUCAGAUCUGAGCGCGCCUCGGGAACUUACGCGUAGGGAGAGGCAAGUGAAGGAGAAGAAGGAAGCUCAGGAUCGCUACUGGAAGCUCCAUGUACAAGGCAAGACUGACCAGGCGAAGUCUGAUCUCGCUCGCCUGGCCAAGAUCAAGGCUGAGCGUGAAGCAGCUCAAGCAAGGCGCAAGGCCGAAACUGACGCUAAAGCAGCUGAAAUCGAAGAGAAGAAGAAAGCAGCUGCCGCUGGGCGACGCAUAUGA